CGCGCCUAAGCCGCGCGCUCAAGCGGAGCCGGAAGUGGCUGUUGGGGAGGCGGCGCUGCUUCCCAUCUGCGGGCCUCAGUCCAGUGACGGGUGCGGGAGGCGCUGGUGGUGGCUGCGGGGUCUCCCGCUACCUUCUCGCCUCUCGGGCUGAGCUCCGGGCUCCCCGGGCCUCGGGUGUUCGCUCGCGUAAAAUGGCAAUCUAGUGGUUCUUCCAGCUGAAACAACUGCUGGUUUUUAUGGUAUAGAAGAGAGUAAUCUAUGAAGCUUGUCAAGUAAAAUUGUUUAUCAUUGAAAGUGAUGUUCAUUCUGCAGAAUAGACUUAAAAAACUGCGUAUUGAGUGUCAUGAAUUUGUCAUCUUCAGUCAGCUGUGCGGUCACACAAGCUGAAUGCUCACAUAGUGCUGAGUGUGAAUCACAGUCACUACAGAACAGCAAUGAAUCAGAAUUGUACACUGCUGAAGAACUGCGAAAGCAACUCUGUCAGGCUAGAAAAGAAAAAUUAGACUUAACCAUUAAAUACAAUCAAGAGCUGUCCAACUGUGAAUGCCAGAUAGUCAAAUUACGAUUGGAAGUUGAGAAAGGAGAGGCUGUUCGACAAAGUCUGGAGUAUGAAUUGGUAAUUGCCAGAAAAGAUGCUCGUCUGAAAAUAUGUGCUGCAGAAGAGCAGUUAAGUGGUGCAAAAACCAAACUUGUGGAACUGCAGGUGUUGAAUGAAGAACUUCUGCAGAAAGUGGCAGAGACUGAGAAAACACAUCAUAUUGCUCAGCAGAAGUGGAAAGAACAACAGCAAAGACUUGCAAGUGAGAAGGAUGAUAUCCGUAGAACUUACAACAGUGAAUAUGAAUUGUUCCUUAAGGAAAGGACCAAACUAGAAAGUGUUUUGAAGGAGCAGAAUAAUGCACUGCAAAACAUGCACAAGAAAAUGAAAGAUGUGCAGGUGGAACACAGUGGCUGUACUGACCUGCUGAGGAGCCAGGCUAAUGAACUUGAAAACAGCUCUAGACGAGAGGAGCGACUCAAAAAAGAACUUGAAGCAGCUACAGUGAGAAUAAAGAAACUGGAAGAAAACAUUGAAGCAGAGAGAGCAGCACAUUUGGAAUCUAAAUUCAAUUCAGAGAUCAUCCAGUUAAGAAUUCGAGACCUUGAAGGAGCUUUGCAAGUGGAAAAAGCCGGCCAAGCACAAGCUCUUUCAGAUUUAGAAAUGAUCAAGAAAGAGUUCAAAGAGGUAGAAAAUGCAUAUGAGAGAGAAAAACACAAUGCCCAAGAGAACUUGGAAAAACUCAGUAUAUUAGAAAGAGAGUGUUUCUCCACAAACAAGCAAAUGAAUGAGAAGAUUGAGGAAAAGAAGAAAGUAAUUAAAGACCUCGCUGAGAGACUAGAGAAUAGUGAGGAAACCUGCAGGGAAUUACAGGAGGAGCUUGCAAUGGCCAAGAAACACCAGGUCUUUUUAACAGAGACGUAUGAAAACAACAUGAGAGAGCUGGAGUUACUCUUGGACAGCUUUGCUAUGUCAGGCCAGCGGACAGCAGGCACUUGUAAGGACAAAGGUAAAUCUCCGAGCAGCUCUGUGCUUGAGACUUUGAGGUGUACCUUGACAGCUUACCAGAACAAGCUGGAAGAUACAUCUAAUGAGCUUGGGAAAAUGCAGGCUUUGUGUGAAAAGAUGACGAAAGAACUUGAGAUAACCAAAGAGAAAAUGUGUGCUUUUAGUCAAGACCUUAAGCAAGCUCAGGAUAACCUGGCUGACACCAAGAAGGAGUUAAAUCAUCUGCACACUCAGUGUGCAGGCAGAGAGACUUUAAUAGGAACUUUAAAAAUGGAACUACAGAAUGUGCGGCAGUGCUGGGAGAAGGAGAAAGUACAUGCCACAGAAUCUGAAAAAGAAAUCCAGAAGCUUACCAGGGCUUACCAGAAGGAUAUGGAGGAGAAGUUAACCUUCCUCCAUAGCUUAUACCAGCAUUUGGUAGCAGGCUGUGUGCUUAUAAAACAACCAGAAGGCAUCCUAGAUAGAUUCUCUUGGUCUGAGCUUUGUGCAGUCUUGCAGGAGAAUGUUGAUGCCCUGAUCUUAGACCUCAACAGCGCUAAUGAGAAGAUAUCUCACCUAGAAUACAUUUGUAAGAACAAGUCCGAUACUAUGAAGGAGCUUCAGCAGAGCCAGGAGGAUGCUUUUAGCAAAAUGUCUGAACAGAUGAAAGCACAGGAAAGCUGUUGGCAGAAACAAAAAAAGUAUCUGGAACAGCAGUACUUGGGUCUCCUUGGGGAAGUUCAUGCAAGGGCACAGGGCAUACAGAGGAAAAGAAAAGAUGUUCUGCAAGUUGAAAAAAUCAGUAACGGCACUAGCCAAACUACAAAUGAAUACCAAGAAGCAAAAGAGAAAAACAAAGAAAAAAUUCAUAUCCUUGAGAAAAGACAGGAGAAAUUAGCUGUUGAAAAUUUUUCUGUGAAAAAGAAGUUAACACAGAUUCAGGAGGAGCAUUCAUCUCUCUUGGCAGCCUGUGCGCUGUUGGCGGGUGCCCUGUAUCCUCUCUAUGGCCGAUCAUGUGCUAUGUCUUGCCAAAGAGACCUUCUCCAGGAUCAGGUCAACAUUUACGAAUUAGCAAACCAGCAGAUUAGGACCCUAGUUCAUGCUCUCUCUGAUGUAGAGGAAAACAAUGAAGAUGAAGCAAAACUGAAGAAAAAAAAAAUCAUUGGCCUUAUUUGGGUAUUCCGAAGAAGUGUGAUUGCAAUUUUGGCUGCUAACAGACUUAAAGUUUUAGCCCAGUCUUCUAAUUCCCUCUUCUCCUGGGUAAAUGGCUUCAAAGAAGGUGUUGGAAUUCUGGUUUCUGUAGGAGACUCCAAAGGCAAAUGUAAUCUGUCAAGUCAUGAAGAUGAACAAAAUCACUGUGUUGAAGCACUCAGCUGGUUUACUAGUUCUAACCUCCUUGCGGCAAUAAUCAGUUCCGUCACUGAAUUGCAGGAUGUUGUUAAUGAAACAGAUCCAAAGCUCUGCCUUUCUGGAAGCUUACUUGUAAGUGCAGCCAGGAGCUCCUUUUCGAAACUUAUGGACAAGCUGAAUGCAAUAAUGGAGACUGUUCCACCAGACAGCAGCAGGAGCAUUACUUACCUGGAGAAAGACUCCUUGGUAGAGAGGCUGGCCCAUGGACUUAAUAAAAUAAAUAACAAGGCCCUGGAAGCUGGAUUGUAUGACAGACUUCCUAUUAUGAAAAACAUAGCAUUCUUGCAGAAGCAAGUAUGUGAAUUUACACAAAGACUUCAUAGAGCAGAGGUGGAACGGCGCUCUCUGCGCCUAAAACUUGCAGAAUUCAAAUGGAAUUUCAGUGAGAUGAAGAAAGAAGCUGACAAAGCCCAGAGCCUACAAAAGCAAUUAGAUAUGUUUAAGCAAUCCAAAUUGAUCACCCUUGAGAGAUUUGAAAGUGCAUGUGAAGAAUUAAAUGAUGGAUUUCUUCAGGAGCAUCAGGCAGAAAUGCUUUUGAAAGAGCAGACGCAACAGCCACAGAAGUUAAAGAGUCAACUAGAAUUGCAUUCCAGUGAAGAAGUAGAUAAAAACCAAAUCUUAAAUGAAACUGUAAAGAGACUCUCUGAGGCAAAGAUGGAGCUGAGAAGAAAAUAUCAAUCUCUGUGUCAGCUCAAUAGACUUCUUACCCAGCUGGAGCAGGACAAGCGUCGACAGAAAGAGAACAUCCAUGAUCUAGAGAAUGCCCUCUGCAUGGCAGCGAAAGAUAAAGAAUUGAUUAUUCAUCUUAUGAAGUCUGUGGAAACCACUCUUUGUAAGGUUCAUUUUCAGCCCAAGGUCACUGAAAUACAUUCAUAAGGGAUGCAUUAUAGUGCACAUCCUGCAACUGCGGUGAAGCUUAGAUGCAGUGGUCAACGUUUGCAAAAAACAACUCUGUAUCAAAUUAACGUCUUAUUCAACAGAGCGUAUAGUGUGUGUAGUAAUAUGAGAAAGCUUGAAUUAAACUUGCAGGUAAACCUGGGAUGGUAUUCUACUCUGAAAAUUAAUUUCCAGAAUCUUGACUAGUUUUUGGGAAAAAAAAAAUUUAGUGAUAUAUAUUUCCUUAGACAAAUGCUGAUAGACAGGAAUCAAUGUGCUUUUAAAAACCACUUUUUAAAAUGGUUUGUAUUGUAAUUAAAUAGAUCUGCGUGGCAGUAAUCAACAAGAAUAGUCAUUAAAUGUGUAUGCUAAUUCAGAAAUUCUUAGUAAAUUUUCAAGUAAGUGAAAUAUUUUGUAUAUGUAAUUAUGUUCAUGUCUGGCUGCCUACAGCAGGGUGUUUUCAAAUGCUAUUUAAAACCUCUAAGAGAAGUCAAACCCUUCAUUUUGAGGAUGUAUACCUUCUUUUGAUAAGAGUAUGCAACAAUCUGCUGGCCUUUAAUGAAUACUCAAACCGAAUUGUGAUGGCCUUAUAACAAGUAUCUGUUGGACUGUAUCUGUUUUUCCCUUUCCCUCCGAGGAAGCACUAAUUUGUCUAAGCAAGAUAUAUGUUAUGAUUUGCUGUAGUAUGGUUUGGCCUUCUUGGGAAAGAAGAAAAAAAAAAGGGAAUUUGAGGAUAUUAUUUUUUUGGUUCAGUUGACUGGUUGAUUCCAAACAUCAUUCCUAACCUGUUUCUCUCUCUAAUUGUGGCUAUAUGUUUUCAGGUGUUUGAUAUAAAGUGCCUUCAGUUUAAGCAAUGAAGUUUUGUCACAGGCUGUCUCUCUACUUCCAGUGUCAUUGUUGAUUGCUGGAACAUCCUAAUGGAAAGUAUUGUGUCCAUGAUUACGUAGGCCCUCAUUCAAUAGGAUGAAUAUACACUUCUUGAGCAAUUUCCUUAUUUUCUGUGAAGAUUCAGACUCUGCUGUUUAUGAGAAACUGAUAUUAACAGUCUCUUGGAUCCGACAGGAUGCUGUGGUAUAUACCCCUUUGGAUGUCACAUGUGUCAAGUCCUUCAGUAAAUCUUUGAUGAUCUCUGUUGCCCUUAAAGGACUAACACUUCAGGUGUGAUCACUGUUUUCUACAGAGUCCAUACUCAGGAAUUACAGUAGAUGGGUAUAUUCUUAGAUUAUCUGUAUUGGCAAUUUACUUGAAGAACUACUGUUACCAAUGCUAUUCAGUUUCUGUUUCAGUUUCUAUUCAGUUCCUUCAUGUAUAUUCACUUGUAUUUUUUAUUUUAGUGUAAGAACAUCAACAGUUUAUAAUUAAACAUUAAAAACUUAGGAAGCAUUCAUGAAGGUUUAAUUCUGUCCACCAAUGUAUAUACCUUUUUUACUAUUCUCCUCAGUUCUAUGAUCAUUUGUGCCACUGUGAAACUUGCCCGUUCGAAUGAGUAACCACAUAACUUAUUUCUGUUAAAAUGCUUCUCAUUGAAAAAUGCGAAGGACCAUGUCCUGUUGAAGUGCACGCUCUUGAUUUGUGCAAUAUGGCCUUCAUUCUACGUGCUGCCCUGUAGGUAUGGACCUUAUGCAGCUAAAUCAACCACCUAUUUACAAGACUGAUUAAGGCUAAGGUGUGGUUUGCAUUCAGUCUGUCUCCUUCUAUUUUAAAAAAUUCUGAAAACAUUUUUGUUAAUUUUAUGUCACAUGUAGAAUACUUAAUGGUAUGGUAGAAAUUAUUUUACUUAUCUUCUUUCAGAAUUAUUUGCUUAUUAUAGUUGUAGUUUCUGUUUUCUCAGCAGUAUGGUCAUCUCAAAAUCAAGUGGACUAAAUCACUAUUUGCUGUUCAUGUACCACCAAAUCACUGCAUCAUUGUAGUUUUUGUUGCAUUGUUAAAUCGCAGUUGAUACACAGUUGUGUUAAAAACACGAAUAGGAAAAGAGAGUAAAAUAAGCCCAAAGUCCUUGACUUUCUAGGUACUGUUUGGUUUUUUUUUUAAUGUAGAAUUGGUGAAAUCUAUAAAAAGAUUAUCCUAUGUAUUAUUACAUAGUGAAGCUUAUAUACACAAAUGAUCUUAUUUUCUUUUCACCACAAGUAGGCACUGAAUUAGGCCACAGAUAAGGAGCUAAUAUCUCAGGUUUGUUGUACCAGUCAGAAUGUAACAGGACAAAGACGUUAGGGAGGAGUAAGCGGAUCAUAAUACUAUCUACAGCUUGCCAGCAUUUAGUACCAAGUCUCUGUUGGUGUAAUUAGGCAUACAAGCUCAAACUGUGCAGAGGGAGGACAAAGAAGUGAGCACAGAAGUGGACUGUAGACAAAAUUAUUGUUAUCUCUGAUCAGCAGAGAAUUUUUAAUACAAUUUUUGGACAUGUAGAAUUAGCCCAUCAAAUCCUACACCUUGGUUCAGUCAAUAUGGUAACUUCAGUUUAUUAUUCAAUUCUAGCUUUGAUCUGAAUUCAUCAGUACUUUAUUGAUUUUAAAUUGAGUGGCUCUAGUGUCUUCUGUGUUGCUCUCUUAAUUAAUUAAAAAGUUAAACACUGUCAUAAGCCACUAUGCUCCUUUGUUUUAAAACGUUUUGAGCACUUAUUGUGAAGUGGUGUGGAUUCAGUUUUGCUUGUUUUCAGAUGGUAUUAACGUACAGCUAAACGGAACAAUCAUACUUAGCAGCCCACUGUCACAAUACUUAUACUCCAUAGAAAAUCACUCCAGCAACUUUUCAGUGUCUCAGUCAAAAUUAUGGUUACCAAAAUCAGAAAUAGCCAAAAUCUUCACUUAGCAGUGGGUAUACAUACAUUUAUAUAUUUUUUCUAUUACUUUUUGAGCAUAUGGAAGUGGAACUGGUUUUAGAUAUUUUUUAAUCAUUGCAAUAAGCCUAAUGAGUUUUUUUUUUUUACAUUAUAGCAAUUUUUUUUUAAUAAAGUGACCAAUUUUACCUUGACUUGAUAGUUCUCCGGUGUGUGUAUGUGAGUUCUGUUCUUACCUUAAAGAAUGAGUCUGGUAACUCCUGUCGUUAUUUUUUUGGAUUUCAAAAAGAAAAUAAUCAGGAAGUGAUGAAAUUAGUUCUUUACGAAGAUUUCAUAUAGGUAUGGGCCUAUCCAGCCUGAUUCCACUAUAGCUUUUCAUCCCUUGAAUAGGUAGCCAACUUGAAGACUUUUAGCUUUUACUGAAACAAUAUUAUGAUAUUUGUACAGUAUACGCCCAGACUUCUGUUGUUAGAAUUUUUCCUGAACCCUUGUGAGCGUUUUUCAAGGAAAACUCUAGCUUCAUUUUCUGUUUCUCGGUGUGCAUGCGGAUUAGGGGCUAAUAUGUACUCAUCUGGUGUGGUGUUAUUAAUGGCAUAUAUUUACCACAAUUCAGCCAUUAAAAAAAAAUAGCUUUUGUAUUUUAUUGUUUGGUGAGUGUCAGGCCCCAAUACUGAAAUAGAGAGUUUGAAACUAAUAGGGUUAAAAGGACUUCCACUGUCUGCAAUGUGUGUGUAUUAUACCUACAUUGCUUAUACAUUGUUUUUUUCCCCCUAGUAUUAGCAAUCUGCUUUUGUACUUUGACAUAAGGAUUUCCCUUGUGAAUUUUGUCACAGAAAAAAGAGAAUCAUCAAUAUCGCAGUUAAACUUGACUUUCAAAGCUAAUAGUGUCUCAUUUGGGGGCUGAAAUUUAAUAAAUUUUCUUUGAUUCUGGGUGAGUUUUUAAACAUCAAACAAUGAAUUGGCCAGGGUGCAGUAAAAUAUUUAGAUCUAUUGACUAUGGUUCAGAAGGGUAGAAGGCAAAACACUGGUGGUUUGAUGUUGAUAAAUUCUUAGUACCUUAAUCCACAUUAAUGUUUUCUUUUAUCUGUGUGCAUACUGGCAGCAAAAAGUUGGGAUAUAUAAGCUAUAAAAAUGUAAAUCAAGUGUAUGUAUGUGUGUGUGUGUGUGUGUGUAUAUAUGUGUAUUUAAAGUAAUGCAUUUUGUUAUAUUCAGCAAGGUUAACAUCUGACCGGAAUUACACAUGCUGACAGAACACUCUAGAGAAUAUGUUUGUUCCACAGGACUGUAUAUCCUGAACUUGGUGCACUAUGUGUGCAAAAAAUGUGUAGAGGACCUUUCCUGUUAUAAAAAUUGCAUCAUAGUGCAUAUGUUUGGCAGCCACAGGUAUUGACAGGAAUUCUUUAGGUCAACUUGGGAAAUGUAAGGCCCCCUAUUCCCACAGAACAGAACAACGAAUAAAAUAAAAUCUUUUCUUCUUUGUAUCAGUAGAUUUACACAUGCAUACUUCUGUCAAUCAGAGCAGAUUUCAAAGGCCAUGCUAUUAUUUGAAAUAUGUUCGCUCAUAUCCAGCAUUUUACGAAAAUCUAAUUCUGUAAGUGGUUGCGGAAAAGUCACCUGGGAUUUAAAAUAAAUGGAUGUAUGUUUUAAUUCACAUUUGCUGAGUUUUUGGGGGCAAGGGAGGCUCUUAAGAAAAACUGAAAUUUAUUUUAAAUGGUAUUUAGUAAACGGUGUAUCUAUCGAUUUAUCUGUAUUUAGUAUAUAUUUAGUAUACGUUCUGGCAUCAGACCGUGUAUGGUUGUUAAAGACGGUACAUUAUUUUUGCAGGAUGAGAAUAUUGCUCCUCCACAGACACAGCCUGCGCCAAAUGAGCGUAUUUAAUCUGUCCGUUUGUACUUAGAUACCUCUGUACGUGUGUCUGUCCGCCUGUAUCUCGGUGCAGUCUGACCACUGGGAUCUCCUGGGGGUGGACACGAUAAUUUUUCUGUUAAAUAGAAAGAAAAAAUGGGUAGGUAAAGGAGUGCGAGUGAUGCGUCCGUGGAAAUUAUGGGUUAGAUACGUAUAAUUUUGCAUCCACGCCGAUUACGCCGUGUAACACACGUAAGAAUGCCGCGUUUUCAGUACCGAUAGCAAGGUUAAUCUCGCCGGAGCGUUGGCGUUUGCAGACAAAAGCGCUGGUGUCUCCGCGCUGGGGCUUCCCCCGUGCGGUCGCGUCCCGUGGCGGCGGCGCCCCGCGUCGCCAGCAGGUGGCGCUGUGGUCCCGGCGCGGGGCGAGGCUGCACAAAGCGCCCCGUAGCCGGCCCGCGAUUAGAGCCCUGGGUGCGGGGCGCCUGGCUCCCACCCCCCGCUAAUUGCAGAGCCACAGGUUGGGGGGUUUGCUUUGUUUGAGGAUGACUCCUUUAAACGUGGGUUUUUCCGGGCUGAUAAGGAAUGAACUUCAUCGUGCGGGGCUGAGCUCACUCUUGCCUGUGUGAUCGCAUAAACUUUUUAAUUUCAUAGCCCGUGUUUGCUUCUUUUCUUAGAUGUUUGCUUCUUUUUCUGUGCGUACCAGGUGGGGUUGUGAGCCCUUAGUCUCUCUUCUUCCCUUCUCAUUUCAGAUCAGGGGAAGAUGCUUUUUCUUCUUAACAUUCUCUCCCAGCACUCUGAAUUAGAGAUUUAUUUGCAACGAAAAAUCAAUUAGUCCUAAAUUUAUUCAUGGAUUUCAGGUCCAGCGAUCAAUGCAAGUCCACUCAGUGGGCUCAGGGGGACCCAGUUCAUCCCAGUUAAUGUGUCUGAAGGGGAAUUACCAU